AUCCCUCUCGACUCAGAUCCCUCCGCACUCAGAUCCCUCCGCACUCAGAUCCCUCCACUCAGAUCCCUCCGCACUCAGAUCCUCUGCACUCAGAUCCCUCCGCACUCAGAUCCUCUCCGCACCAGAUCCCUCCGCACUCAGAUCCCUCUGCACUCAGAUCCCUCCGCACUCAGAUCCCUCCGCACUCAGAUCCCUCCGCACUCAGAUCCCUCCGCACUCAGAUCCCCCGCACUCAGAUUCCUCUGCACUCAGAUCCCUCCGCACUCAGAUCCCUCGCACUCAGAUCCCUCCGCACUCAGAUCCCUCCGCACUCAGAUCCCUCUGCACUCAGAUCCCCUGCACUCAGAUCCCUCCGCACUCAGAUCCCUCCGCACUCAGAUCCUCUGCACUCAGAUCCCUCCGCACUCAGAUCCCUCCGCACUCAGAUCCCUCCGCACUCAGAUCCCUCCGCACUCAGAUCCCUCCGCACUCAGAUCCCUCUGCACUCAGAUUCCUCCGCACUCAGAUCCCUCCGCACUCAGAUCCCUCCGCACUCAGAUCCCUCCGCACUCAGAUCCCUCCGCACUCAGAUCCCUCCGCACUCAGAUCCCUCUGCACUCAGAUCCCUCUGCCCUCAGAUCCCUCCGCACUCAGAUCCCUCCGCACUCAGAUCCCUCCUGCACUCAGAUCCCUCUCGACUCAGAUCCCUCCGCACUCAGAUCCCUCCGCACUCAGAUCCCUCCGCACUCAGAUCCCUCCGCACUCAGAUCCCUCUGCACUCAGAUCCCUCCGUACUCAGAUCCCUCCGCACUCAGAUCCCUCCGCACUCAGAUCCCUCCGCACUCAGAUCCCUCCGCACUCAGAUCCCUCCGCACUCAGAUCCCUCCGCACUCAGAUCCCUCCGCCACUCAGAUCCUCCGCACUCAGAUCCCUCCGCACUCAGAUCCCUCCGCACUCAGAUCCUCUGCACUCAGAUCCCUCUGCACUCAGAUCCCUCCGCACUCAGAUCCCUCUGCACUCAGAUCCCUCUGCACUCAGAUCCCUCUGCACUCAGAUCCCUCCGCACUCAGAUCCCUCGCACUCAGAUCCUCCGCACUCAGAUCCCUCCGCACUCAGAUCCCUCCGCACUCAGAUCCCUCCGCACUCAGAUCCCUCCGCACUCAGAUCCUCCUCCACUCAGAUCCCUCCGCACUCAGAUCCCUCCGCACUCAGAUCCCUCCGCACUCAGAUCCCUCUGCACUCAGAUCCCUCCGCACUCAGAUCCCUCUGCACUCAGAUCCCUCUGCACUCAGAUCCCUCCGCACUCAGAUCCCUCCGCACUCAGAUCCCUCCCUCUCCCCCCCCCCCGCGCACUCAGAUCCCUCCCACGCACUCAGAUCCCUCCGCACUCAGAUCCUCUGCACUCAGAUUCCUCCGCACUCAGAUCCCCCGCACUCAGAUCCCUCCGCACUCAGAUCCCUCCGCACUCAGAUCCCUCUGCACUCAGAUCCCUCCGCACUCAGAUCCCUCCGCACUCAGAUCCUCUGCACUCAGAUCCCUCCGCACUCAGAUCCCUCCGCACUCAGAUCCCUCCGCACUCAGAUCCUCCGCACUCAGAUCCCUCUGCACUCAGAUCCCUCUGCACUCAGAUCCUCUGCACUCAGAUCCCUCCGCACUCAGAUCCCUCCGCACUCAGAUCCCUCCGCACUCAGAUCCCUCCGCACUCAGAUCCCUCCGCACUCAGAUCCCUCCGCACUCAGAUCCCUCCGCACUCAGAUCCCUCCGCCCUCAGAUCCCUCCGCACUCAGAUCCCUCCGCACUCAGAUCCCUCCGCACUCAGAUCCUCCGCACUCAGAUCCCUCGCACUCAGAUCCCUCUGCACUCAGAUCCCUCCGCACUCAGAUCCUUCGCACUCAGAUCCCUCUGCACUCAGAUCCCUCCGCACUCAGAUCCUCCGCACUCAGCCCAGAUCCCUCCGCACUCAGAUCCCUCCGCACCUCAGAAUCAGAUUCCUCCGCACUCAGAUCCCUCCGCACUCAGAUCCCUCCGCACUCGAUCCCUCCGCACUCAGAUCCCUCUGCACUCAGAUCCCUCUGCACUCAGAUCCCUCCGCACUCAGAUCCCUCCGCACUCAGAUCCCUCCGCACUCAGAUCCUCCGCACUCAUCCCUCCGCACUCAGAUCCCUUCCUUCCGCACUCAGAUCCCUCCGCACUCAGAUCCCUCCGGCACUCAGAUCCCUCCGCACUCAGAUCCCUCCGCACUCAGAUCCCUCCGCACUCAGAUCCCUCUGCACUCAGAUUCCUCCGCACUCAGAUCCUCUGCACUCAGAUUCCUCCGCACUCAGAUCCCUCCGCACUCAGAUCCCUCCGCACUCAGAUCCCUCCGCACUCAGAUCCCUCCGCACUCAGAUCCCUCCGCACUCAGAUCCCCUGCCUCAGAUCCCUCCGCACUCAGAUCCCUCGCACUCAGAUCCCUCCGCACUCAGAUCCCUCCGCACUCAGAUCCCUCCGCACUCAGAUUCCUCCGCACUCAGAUCCCUCCGCACUCAGAUCCCUCCGCACUCAGAUCCCCCCCGCACUCAGAUCCCUCCGCACUCAGAUCCCUCCGCACUCAGAUCCCUCCGCACUCAGAUCCCUCCGCACUCAGAUCCCUCCGCACUCAGAUCCCUCUGCACUCAGAUCCCUCCGCACUCAGAUCCUCCGCACUCAGAUCCUCCGCACUCAGAUCCCUCCGCACUCAGAUCCCUCUGCACUCAGAUCCCUCUGCACUCAGAUCCCUCCGCACUCAGAUCCCUCCGCACUCAGAUCCCUCCGCACUCAGAUCCCUCCGCACUCAGAUCCCUCGCACUCAGAUCCCUCUGCACUCAGAUCCUCCGCACUCAGAUCCCUCCGCACUCAGAUCCCUCCGCACUCAGAUCCCUCCGCACUCAGAUCCCUCCGCACUCAGAUCCCUCCGCACUCAGAUCCCUCCGCACUCAGAUCCCUCCGCACUCAGAUCCCUCCGCACUCAGAUCCCUCUGCACUCAGAUCCCUCUGCACUCAGAUCCCUCCGCACUCAGAUCCCUCUGCACUCAGAUCCCUCUGCACUCAGAUCCCUCCGCACUCAGAUUCCUCCGCACUCAGAUCCCUCCGCACUCAGAUCCCUCCGCACUCAGAUCCCUCCGCACUCAGAUCCUCCGCACUCAGAUCCCUCCGCACUCAGAUCCUCCACUCAGAUCCCUCUGCACUCAGAUCCCUCCGCACUCAGAUCCCUCUGCACUCAGAUCCUCUGCACUCAGAUCCCCUCCACUCAGAUCCCUCCGCACUCAGAUCCCUCCGCACUCAGAUCCCUCCGCACUCAGAUCCCUCCGCACUCAGAUCCCUCUGCACUCAGAUCCUCUCACUCAGAUCCCUCUGCACUCAGAUCCCUCUGCACUCAGAUCCCUCCGCACUCAGAUCCCUCCGCACUCAGAUCCCUCCGCACUCAGAUCCCUCCGCACUCAGAUCCCUCCGCACUCAGAUCCCUCCGCACUCAGAUCCCUCCGCACUCAGAUCCCUCCGCACUCAGAUCCUCCGCACUCAGAUCCCUCUGCACUCAGAUCCCUCCGCACUCAGAUUCCUCCGCACUCAGAUCCCUCCGCACUCAGAUCCCUCCGCACUCAGAUCCCUCUGCACUCAGAUAGCUCCGCGCCCCGACCCCUCCGCACUCAGAUCCCUCCGCACUCAGAUCCUCUGCACUCAGAUCCCUCGCACUCAGAUCCCUCCGCACUCCCCCCCCACUCAUUUGCUCCGAUUCCUCUGCACUCAGAUCCCUCCGCACUCAUCCAGAUCAACUCCUCCGCACUCAGAUCCUCCGCACUCAGAUCCCUCCGCACUCAGAUCCCUUCGGACUCACAGUCCUCCGCACUCAGAUCCCUCCGCACUCAGAUCCCUCUGCACUCAGAUCCCUCUGCACUCAGAUCCCUCCGCACUCAGAUCCCUCCGCACUCAGAUCCCUCUGCACUCAGAUCCUCCGCACUCAGAUCCCCCGCACUCAGAUCCCUCCGCACUCAGAUCCCUCCGCACUCAGAUCCCUCCGCACUCAGAUCCCUCCGCACUCAGAUCCCUCCGCACUCAGAUCCCUCCGCACUCAGAUCCCUCUGCACUCAGAUCCCUCCGCACUCAUCCCUCCGCACUCAGAUCCCUCGCACUCAGAUCCUCCGCACUCAGAUCCCUCCGCACUCAGAUCCCUCCGCACUCAGAUCCCUCCGCACUCAGAUCCUCUCGCACUCAGAUCCCUCCGCACUCAGAUCCCUCCGCACUCAGAUCCCUCCGCACUCAGAUCCCUCUGCACUCAGAUCCCUCCGCACUCAGAUCCCUCUGCACUCAGAUCCCUCUGCACUCAGAUCCCCCGCACUCAGAUCCCUCUGCACUCAGAUCCCUCCGCACUCAGAUCCCUCCGCACUCAGAUCCCUCCGCACUCAGAUCCCUCUGCACUCAGAUCCCUCCGCACUCAGAUCCCUCCGCACUCAGAUCCCUCCGCACUCAGAUCCCUCCGCACUCAGAUCCCUCCGCACUCAGAUUCCUCCGCACUCAGAUCCCUCCGCACCACUCAGAUCCCUCCGCACUCAGAUCCCUCCGCACUCAGAUCCCUCCGCACUCAGAUCCCUCUGCACUCAGAUCCCUCCGCACUCAGAUCCCUCCGCACUCAGAUCCCUCCGCACUCAGAUCCCUCCGCACUCAGAUCCCUCCGCACUCAGAUCCUCCGCACUCAGAUCCCUCCGCACUCAGAUCCCUCCGCACUCAGAUCCCUCUGCACUCAGAUCCCCUCCGCACUCAGAUCCCUCCGCACUCAGAUCCCUCCGCACUCAGAUCCCUCCGCACUCAGAUCCCUCCGCACUCAGAUCCCUCCGCACUCAGAUCCCUCCGCACUCAGAUCCCUCCGCACUCAGAUCCCUCCGCACUCAGAUCCCCCGCACUCAGAUCCCUCCGCACUCAGAUCCCUCCGCACUCAGAUCCCUCCGCACUCAGAUCCCUCCGCACUCAGAUCCCUCUGCACUCAGAUCCCUCCGCACUCAGAUCCCUCCGCACUCAGAUCCCUCCGCACUCAGAUCCCUCCGCACUCAGAUCCCUCCGCACUCAGAUCCCUCUGCACUCAGAUCCCUCCGCACUCAGAUCCCUCCGCACUCAGAUCCCUCUCGCACUCAGAUCCCUCUGCACUCAGAUCCUCCGCACUCAGAUCCCUCCGCACUCAGAUCCCUCCGCACUCAGAUCCCUCCGCACUCAGAUCCCUCCGCACUCAGAUCCCUCCGCACUCAGAUCCCUCCGCACUCAGAUCCCUCCGCACUCAGAUCCCUCCGCACUCAGAUCCCUCCGCACUCAGAUCCCUCGCACUCAGAUCCCUCCGCACUCAGAUCCCUCCGCACUCAGAUCCCUCCGCACUCAGAUCCCUCCGCACUCAGAUCCCUCUGCACUCAGAUCCCUCUGCACUCAGAUCCCUCCGCACUCAGAUCCCUCCGCACUCAGAUCCCUCCGCACUCAGAUCCCUCCGCACUCAGAUCCCUCCGCACUCAGAUCCCUCUGCACUCAGAUCCCUCCGCACUCAGAUCCCUCCGCACUCAGAUCCUCCUGCACUCAGAUCCUCUGCACUCAGAUCCCUCCGCACUCAGAUCCCUCCGCACUCAGAUCCUCCGCACUCAGAUCCCUCCUCCGCACUCAGAUCCUCCGCACUCAGAUCCCUCCGCACUCAGAUUCCUCCGCACUCAGAUCCCUCCGCACUCAGAUCCCUCCGCACUCAGAUCCUCCGCACUCAGAUCCCUCCGCACUCAGAUCCCUCUGCACUCAGAUCCCUCGCUCAGAUCCCUCUGCACUCAGAUCCCUCCGCACUCAGAUCCCUCCGCACUCAGAUCCCUCCGCACUCAGAUCCCUCCGCACUCAGAUCCUUCCGCACUCAGAUCCCUCUGCACUCAGAUCCCUCCGCACUCAGAUCCCUCCGCACUCAGAUCCCUCCGCACUCAGAUCCCUCUGCACUCAGAUCCCUCCGCACUCAGAUCCCUCCGCACUCAGAUCCCUCCGCACUCAGAUCCCUCCGCACUCAGAUCCCUCCGCACUCAGAUCCCUCCGCACUCAGAUCCCUCCGCACUCAGAUCCCUCCGCACUCAGAUCCCUCCGCACUCAGAUCCCUCCGCACUCAGAUCCCUCUGCACUCAGAUCCCUCCGCACUCAGAUCCCUCCCUCAGAUCCCUCCGCACUCAGAUCCCUCCGCACUCAGAUCCCUCCGCACUCAGAUCCCUCCGCACUCAGAUCCCUCCGCACUCAGAUCCCUCCACACUCAGAUCCCUCCGCACUCAGAUCCCUCUGCACUCAGAUCCCUCCGCACUCAGAUCCCUCCGCACUCAGAUCCCUCCGCACUCAGAUCCUCCGCACUCAGAUCCUUGCACUCAGAUCCCUCGCACUCAGAUCCCUCCGCACUCAGAUCCCUCCGCACUCAGAUCCCUCCGCACUCAGAUCCUCCGCACUCAGAUCCCUCCGCACUCAGAUCCCUCCGCACUCAGAUCCCUCCGCACUCAGAUCCCUCCGCACUCAGAUCCCUCUGCACUCAGAUCCCUCCGCACUCAGAUCCCUCCGCACUCAGAUCCUCCGCACUCAGAUCCCUCCGCACUCAGAUCCCUCCGCACUCAGAUCCCUCUGCACUCAGAUCCCUCCGCACUCAGAUCCCUCCGCAUUCCUCCGCACUCAGAUCCCUCCGCACUCAGAUCCCUCCGCACUCAGAUCCCUCCGCACUCAGAUCCCUCCGCACUCAGAUCCCUCGCACUCAGAUCCCUCCGCACUCAGAUCCCUCCGCACUCAGAUCCCUCCGCACUCAGAUCCCUCUGCACUCAGAUCCCUCCGCACUCAGAUCCCUCCGCACUCAGAUCCUCCGCACUCAGAUCCCUCCGCACUCAGAUCCCUCCGCACUCAGAUCCUCCGCACUCAGAUCCCUCCGCACUCAGAUUCCUCCGCACUCAGAUUCCCCGCACUCAGAUCCCUCCGCACUCAGAUCCCUCCGCACUCAGAUCCCUCGCACUCAGAUCCCUUUGCACUCAGAUCCCUCCGCACUCAGAUCCCUCCGCACUCAGAUCCCUCCGCACUCAGAUCCCUCCGCACUCAGAUCCCUCCGCACUCAGAUCCCUCCGCACUCAGAUCCCUCCGCACUCAGAUCCCUCCGCACUCAGAUCCCUCCGCACUCAGAUCCCUCUGCACUCAGAUCCCUCUGCACUCAGAUCCCUCCGCACUCAGAUCCCUCCGCACUCAGAUCCCUCCGCACUCAGAUCCCUCCGCACUCAGAUCCCUCCGCACUCAGAUCCUCCGCACUCAGAUCCCUCCGCACUCAGAUCCCUCGCACUCAGAUCCCUCCGCACUCAGAUCCCUCCGCACUCAGAUCCCUCCGCACUCAGAUCCCUCGCACUCAGAUCCCUCCGCACUCAGAUCCCUCCGCACUCAGAUCCCUCCGCACUCAGAUCCCUCUGCACUCAGAUCCCUCUGCACUCAGAUCCCUCCGCACUCAGAUCCCUCCGCACUCAGAUCCCUCCGCACUCAGAUCCCUCCGCACUCAGAUCCCUCCGCACUCAGAUCCCUCCGCACUCAGAUCCCUCCGCACUCAGAUCCCUCCGCACUCAGAUCCGAUCCCUCUGCACUCAGAUCCCUCCGCACUCAGAUCCCUCCGCACUCAGAUCCCUCCGCACUCAGAUCCCUCCGCACUCAGAUCCCUCCGCACUCAGAUCCCUCCGCACUCAGAUCCCUCCGCACUCAGAUCCUCCGCACUCAGAUCCCUCCGCACUCAGAUCCCUCCGCACUCAGAUCCCUCCGCACUCAGAUCCCUCCGCACUCAGAUCCCUCCGCACUCAGAUCCCUCCGCACUCAGAUCCCUCCGCACUCAGAUCCCUCCGCUCAGAUCUCCGCACUCAGAUCCCUCCGCACUCAGAUCCCUCCGCACUCAGAUCCCUCCGCACUCAGAUCCCUCCGCACUCAGAUCCCUCCGCACUCAGAUCCCUCCGCACUCAGAUCCUCCGCACUCAGAUCCCUCCGCACUCAGAUCCCUCCGCACUCAGAUCCCUCCGCACUCAGAUCCCUCCGCACUCAGAUCCCUCUGCACUCAGAUCCCUCCGCACUCAGAUCCCUCCGCACUCAGAUCCCUCCGCACUCAGAUCCCUCCGCACUCAGAUCCCUCCGCACUCAGGGCCCUCAUCCCUCCGCACUCAGAUCCCUCUGCACUCAGAUCCCUCCGCACUCAGAUCCCUCCGCACUCAGAUCCCUCCGCACUCAGAUCCCUCCGCACUCAGAUCCCCGCACUCAGAUCCCUCCGCACUCAGAUCCCUCCGCACUCAGAUCCCUCCACACUCAGAUCCUCCGCACUCAGAUCCCUCCGCACUCAGAUCCCUCCGCACUCAGAUCCCUCCGCACUCAGAUCCCUCCGCACUCAGAUCCCUCCGCACUCAGAUCCCUCCGCACUCAGAUCCCUCCGCACUCAGAUCCCUCUGCACUCAGAUCCCUCCGCACUCAGAUCCCUCCGCACUCAGAUCCCUCCGCACUCAGAUCCCUCCGCACUCAGAUCCCUCCGCACUCAGAUCCCUCCGCACUCAGAUCCCUCUGCACUCAGAUCUCUCUGCACUCAGAUCCCUCCGCACUCAGAUCCCUCUGCACUCAGAUCCCUCCGCACUCAGAUCCCUCCGCACUCAGAUCCCUCCGCACUCAGAUCCCUCCGCACUCAGAUCCCUCCGCACUCAGAUCCCUCCGCACUCAGAUCCCUCCGCACUCAGAUCCCUCCGCACUCAGAUCCCUCCGCACUCAGAUCCCUCCGCACUCAGAUCCCUCCGCACUCAGAUCCCUCCGCACUCAGAUCCCUCGCACUCAGAUCCCUCUGCACUCAGAUCCCUCCGCACUCAGAUCCCUCUGCACUCAGAUCCCUCUGCACUCAGAUCCCUCCGCACUCAGAUCCUCCGCACUCAGAUCCCUCCGCACUCAGAUCCCUCCGCACUCAGAUCCCUCCGCACUCAGAUCCCUCCGCACUCAGAUCCCUCCGCACUCAGAUCCCUCCGCACUCAGAUCCCUCCGCACUCAGAUCCCUCCGCACUCAGAUCCCUCCGCACUCAGAUCCCUCCGCACUCAGAUCCCUCCGCACUCAGAUCCCUCCGCACUCAGAUCCCUCCGCACUCAGAUCCCUCCGCACUCAGAUCCCUCUGCACUCAGAUCCCUCCGCACUCAGAUCCUCCGCACUCAGAUUCCUCUCCGCACUCAGAUCCCUCGCACUCAGAUCCCUCCGCACUCAGAUCCCUCCGCACUCAGAUCCCUCCGCACUCAGAUCCCUCCGCACUCAGAUUCCUCCGCACUCAGAUCCUCCGCACUCAGAUCCCUCCGCACUCAGAUCCCUCCGCACUCAGAUCCCCCGCACUCAGAUCCCUCCGCACUCAGAUCCUCUGCACUCAGAUCCCUCCGCACUCAGAUCCUCCGCACUCAGAUCCCUCCGCACUCAGAUCCCUCCGCACUCAGAUCCCUCCGCACUCAGAUCCCUCCGCACUCAGAUCCCUCCGCACUCAGAUCCCUCUGCACUCAGAUCCCUCUGCACUCAGAUUCCUCCGCACUCAGAUCCCUCUGCACUCAGAUUCCCCGCACUCAGAUCCUCCGCACUCAGAUCCCUCCGCACUCAGAUCCCUCCGCACUCAGAUCCCUCCGCACUCAGAUCCCUCCGCACUCAGAUCCCUCCGCACUCAGAUCCCUCCGCACUCAGAUCCCUCCGCACUCAGAUUCCUCCGCACUCAGAUCCUCUGCACUCAGAUCCCUCCGCACUCAGAUCCCUCCGCACUCAGAUCCCUCCGCACUCAGAUCCCCCGCACUCAGAUCCUCCGCACUCAGAUCCCUCCGCACUCAGAUCCCUCCGCACUCAGAUCCCUCCGCACUCAGAUCCCUCCGCACUCAGAUCCCUCCGCACUCAGAUCCCUCCGCACUCAGAUCCCUCCGCACUCAGAUCCCUCUGCACUCAGAUCCCUCCGCACUCAGAUUCCUCCGCACUCAGAUCCCUCCGCACUCAGAUUCCUCCGCACUCAGAUCCCUCCGCACUCAGAUCCCUCCGCACUCAGAUCCCUCGCACUCAGAUCCCUCGCACUCAGAUCCUCCGCACUCAGAUCCCUCUGCACUCAGAUCCCUCUGCACUCAGAUCCCUCCGCACUCAGAUCCCUCUGCACUCAGAUCCCCUGCACUCAGAUCCCUCCGCACUCAGAUCCCUCCGCACUCAGAUCCUCCGCACUCAGAUCCUCCGCACUCAGAUCCCUCCGCACUCAGAUCCCUCCGCACUCAGAUCCCUCCGCACUCAGAUCCCUCUGCACUCAGAUCCUCCGCACUCAGAUCCCUCCGCACUCAGAUCCCUCCGCACUCAGAUCCCUCCGCACUCAGAUCCCUCUGCACUCAGAUCCCUCCGCACUCAGAUCCCUCCGCACUCAGAUCCCUCUGCACUCAGAUCCCUCCGCACUCAGAUCCCUCCGCACUCAGAUCCCUCCGCACUCAGAUCCCUCCGCACUCAGAUCCCUCCGCACUCAGAUCCUCCGCACUCAGAUCCCUCUGCACUCAGAUCCCUCCGCACUCAGAUCCCUCCGCACUCAGAUCCCUCCGCACUCAGAUCCCUCCGCACUCAGAUCCCUGCACUCAGAUCCCUCUGCACUCAGAUCCCUCCGCACUCAGAUCCCUCUGCACUCAGAUCCUCCGCACUCAGAUCCCUCCGCACUCAGAUCCCUCUGCACUCAGAUCCCUCCGCACUCAGAUCCCUCCGCACUCAGAUCCCUCCGCACUCAGAUCCCUCUGCACUCAGAUCCCUCCGCACUCAGAUCCCUCCGCACUCAGAUCCUCCGCACUCAGAUCCCUCCGCACUCAGAUCCCUCCGCACUCAGAUCCCUCUGCACUCAGAUCCCUCCGCACUCAGAUUCCCUCCGCACUCAGAUCCCUCCGCACUCAGAUCCCUCUGCACUCAGAUCCCUCCGCACUCAGAUCCCUCCGCACUCAGAUCCCUCCGCACUCAGAUCCCUCCGCACUCAGAUCCCUCCGCACUCAGAUCCCUCGCACUCAGAUCCCUCUGCACUCAGAUCCCCCUCUGCACUCAGAUCCUCCGCACUCAGAUCCCUCCGCACUCAGAUCCCUCCGCACUCAGAUCCCUCCGCACUCAGAUCCCUCCGCACUCAGAUCCCUCCGCACUCAGAUCCUCCGCACAGAUCCCUCCAGAUUCCUCCGCACUCAGAUCCCUCUGCACUCAGAUCCUCCGCACUCAGAUCCCUCCGCACUCAGAUCCCUCCGCACUCAGAUCCCUCUGCACUCAGAUCCUCCCCGCACUCAGAUCCUCCGCACUCAGAUCCCUCCGCACUCAGAUCCCUCCGCACUCAGAUCCCUCCGCACUCAGAUCCCUCCGCACUCAGAUCCCUCCGCACUCAGAUCCCUCCGCACUCAGAUCCCUUGCACUCAGAUCCCUCUGCACUCAGAUCCUCUGCACUCAGAUCCCUCCGCACUCAGAUCCCUCCGCACUCAGAUCCCUCUGCACUCAGAUCCCUCCGCACUCAGAUCCCUCCGCACUCAGAUCCCUCCGCACUCAGAUCCCUCUGCACUCAGAUCCCUCCGCACUCAGAUCCCUCGCACUCAGAUCCCUCCGCACUCAGAUCCCUCCGCACUCAGAUCCCUCUGCACUCAGAUCCCUCCGCACUCAGAUCCCUCCACUCAGAUCCCUCCGCACUCAGAUCCCUCUGCACUCAGAUCCCUCCGCACUCAGAUCCCUCCGCACUCAGAUCCCUCCGCACUCAGAUCCCUCCGCACUCAGAUCCCUCCGCACUCAGAUCCCUCCGCACUCAGAUCCUCCGCACUCAGAUCCCUCCGCACUCAGAUCCCUCCGCACUCAGAUCCCUCCGCACUCAGAUCCCUCCGCACUCAGAUCCCUCGCACUCAGAUCCCUCUGCACUCAGAUCCCUCCGCACUCAGAUCCCUCUGCACUCAGAUCCCUCCGCACUCAGAUCCCUCCGCACUCAGAUCCUCCGCACUCAGAUCCCUCCGCACUCAGAUCCCUCCGCACUCAGAUCCCUCCGCACUCAGAUCCUCCGCACUCAGAUCCCUCUCCACUCAGAUCCCUCCGCACUCAGAUCCCUCCGCACUCAGAUCCCUCUGCACUCAGAUCCCUCCGCACUCAGAUCCCUCCGCACUCAGAUCCUCCGCACUCAGAUCCCUCCGCACUCAGAUCCCUCCGCACUCAGAUCCCUCUUCACUCAGAUCCCUCCGCACUCAGAUCCCUCCGCACUCAGAUCCCUCCGCACUCAGAUCCCUCCGCACUCAGAUCCCUCCGCACUCAGAUCCCUCCGCACUCAGAUCCCUCUGCACUCAGAUCCCUCCGCACUCAGAUCCCUCCGCACUCAGAUCCCUCCGCACUCAGAUCCCUCUGCACUCAGAUCCCUCCGCACUCAGAUCCCUCCGCACUCAGAUCCCUCCGCACUCAGAUCCCUCCGCACUCAGAUCCCUCCGCACUCAGAUCCCCCGCACUCAGAUCCUCCGCACUCAGAUCCCUCCCUCCGCACUCAGAUCCCUCCGCACUCAGAUCCCUCCACACUCAGAUCCCUCCGCACUCAGAUCCCUCCGCACUCAGAUCCCUCUGCACUCAGAUCCCUCCGCACUCAGAUCCCUCUGCACUCAGAUCCCUCUGCACUCAGAUCCCUCCGCACUCAGAUCCCUCCGCACUCAGAUCCCUCCGCACUCAGAUCCCUCCGCACUCAGAUCCCUCCGCACUCAGAUCCCUCUGCACUCAGAUCCCUCCGCACUCAGAUCCUCCGCACUCAGAUCCCUCCGCACUCAGAUCCCUCCGCACUCAGAUCCCUCCGCACUCAGAUCCCUCCGCACUCAGAUCCCUCCGCACUCAGAUCCCUCCGCACUCAGAUCCCUCCGCACUCAGAUCCCUCCGCACUCAGAUCCUCUGCACUCAGAUCCCUCCGCACUCAGAUCCCUCCGCACUCAGAUCCCUCCGCACUCAGAUCCCUCCGCACUCAGAUCCUCCGCACUCAGAUCCCUCCGCACUCAGAUCCUCCGCACUCAGAUCCUCCGCACUCAGAUCCUCCGCACUCAGAUCCUCCGCACUCAGAUCCCUCCGCACUCAGAUCCCUCCGCACUCAGAUCCCUCCGCACUCAGAUCCCUCCGCACUCAGAUCCCUCUGCACUCAGAUCCCUCGCACUCAGAUCCUCUCCGCACUCAGAUCCUCCGCACUCAGAUCCCUCUCGCACUCAGAUCCCUCCGCACUCAGAUCCCUCCGCACUCAGAUCCCUCCGCACUCAGAUCCCUCUGCACUCAGAUCCCUCUGCACUCAGAUCCCUCCGCACUCAGAUCCCUCUGCACUCAGAUUCCUCCGCACUCAGAUCCCUCCGCACUCAGAUCCCUCCGCACUCAGAUCCCUCCGCACUCAGAUCCCUCCGCACUCAGAUCCCUCCGCACUCAGAUCCCUCCGCACUCAGAUCCCUCCGCACUCAGAUCCCUCCGCACUCAGAUCCCUCCGCACUCAGAUCCCUCUGCACUCAGAUCCCUCCGCACUCAGAUCCCUCCGCACUCAGAUCCCUCCGCACUCAGAUCCCCCGCACUCAGAUCCCUCCGCACUCAGAUCCCUGCACUCAGAUCCUCCGCACUCAGAUCCCUCCGCACUCAGAUCCCUCCGCACUCAGAUCCCUCCGCACUCAGAUCCCUCCGCACUCAGAUCCCUCCACUCAGAUCCCUCUGCACUCAGAUCCCUCUGCACUCAGAUCCCUCCGCACUCCCUCCGCACUGAUCCCACCUCCGCACUCAGAUCUCCGAUUCCCUCCGCACUCAGAUCCCUCCGCACUCAGAUCCCUCCGCACUCAGAUCCCUCCGCACUCAGAUCCCUCCGCACUCAGAUCCCUCCGCACUCAGAUCCCUCUGCACUCAGAUCCCUCUGCACUCAGAUCCCUCGCACUCAGAUCCCUCUGCACUCAGAUCCCUCCGCACUCAGAUCCCUCCGCACUCAGAUCCCUCCGCACUCAGAUCCCUCCGCACUCAGAUCCCUCCGCACUCAGAUCCCUCCGCACUCAGAUCCCUCCGCACUCAGAUCCCUCCGCACUCAGAUCCCUCUGCACUCAGAUCCCUCCGCACUCAGAUCCCUCCGCACUCAGAUCCCUCCGCACUCAGAUCCCUCCGCACUCAGAUCCCUCUGCACUCAGAUCCCUCCGCACUCAGAUCCCUCCGCACUCAGAUCCCUCCGCACUCAGAUCCCUCUGCACUCAGAUCCCUCCGCACUCAGAUCCCUCCGCACUCAGAUCCCUCCGCACUCAGAUCCUCCGCACUCAGAUCCCUCCGCACUCAGAUCCCUCCGCACUCAGAUCCCUCCGCACUCAGAUCCCUCCGCACUCAGAUCCCUCCGCACUCAGAUCCCUCCGCACUCAGAUCCCUCCGCACUCAGAUCCCUCCGCACUCAGAUCCCUUGCACUCAGAUCCCUCUGCACUCAGAUCCCUCCGCACUCAGAUCCCUCUGCACUCAGAUCCCUCCGCACUCAGAUCCCUCCGCACUCAGAUCCCUCUGCACUCAGAUCCCUCCGCACUCAGAUCCCUCCGCACUCAGAUCCCUCCGCACUCAGAUCCUCUGCACUCAGAUCCCUCCGCACUCAGAUCCCUCCGCACUCAGAUCCCUCCGCACUCAGAUCCCUCCGCACUCAGAUCCCUCCGCACUCAGAUCCCUCUGCACUCAGAUCCUCCGCACUCAGAUCCUCCGCACUCAGAUCCCUCCGCACUCAGAUCCCUCCGCACUCAGAUCCCUCCGCACUCAGAUCCUCCGCACUCAGAUCCCUCCGCACUCAGAUCCCUCCGCACUCAGAUCCCUCCGCACUCAGAUCCCUCCGCACUCAGAUCCCUCUGCACUCAGAUCCCUCUGCACUCAGAUCCCUCCGCACUCAGAUCCUCCGCACUCAGAUCCCUCCGCACUCAGAUCCCUCCGCACUCAGAUCCCUCCGCACUCAGAUCCCUCCGCACUCAGAUCCCUCCGCACUCAGAUCCCUCCGCACUCAGAUCCCUCUGCACUCAGAUCCCUCCGCACUCAGAUCCCUCCGCACUCAGAUCCCUCCGCACUCAGAUCCCUCUGCACUCAGAUCCCUCCGCACUCAGAUCCCUCCGCACUCAGAUUCCUCCGCACUCAGAUCCCUCCGCACUCAGAUCCCUCCGCACUCAGAUCCCUCCGCACUCAGAUCCCUCCGCACUCAGAUCCCUCCGCACUCAGAUCCCUCUGCACUCAGAUCCCUCUGCACUCAGAUCCCUCUGCACUCAGAUCCCUCCGCACUCAGAUCCCUCCGCACUCAGAUCCCUCUGCACUCAGAUCCCUCCGCACUCAGAUCCCUCCGCACUCAGAUCCCUCCGCACUCAGAUCCCUCUGCACUCAGAUCCCUCCGCACUCAGAUCCCUCUGCACUCAGAUCCCUCCGCACUCAGAUCCCUCCGCACUCAGAUCCUCUGCACUCAGAUCCCUCCGCACUCAGAUCCCUCCGCACUCAGAUCCCUCUGCACUCAGAUCCCUUUGCACUCAGAUCCCUCCGCACUCAGAUCCCUCCGCACUCAGAUCCCUCCGCACUCAGAUCCCUCCGCACUCAGAUCCCUCCGCACUCAGAUCCCUCCGCACUCAGAUUCCUCCGCACUCAGAUCCCUCCGCACUCAGAUCCCUCCGCACUCAGAUCCCUCCGCACUCAGAUCCCUCCGCACUCAGAUCCCUCCGCACUCAGAUCCCUCUGCACUCAGAUCCCUCCGCACUCAGAUCCCUCUGCACUCAGAUCCCUCUGCACUCAGAUCCCUCCGCACUCAGAUCCCUCCGCACUCAGAUCCCUCCGCACUCAGAUCCCUCCGCACUCAGAUCCCUCCGCACUCAGAUCCCUCUGCACUCAGAUCCUCCGCACUCAGAUCCCUCCGCACUCAGAUCCCUCCGCACUCAGAUCCCUCCGCACUCAGAUCCCUCCGCACUCAGAUCCCUCUGCACUCAGAUCCCUCCGCACUCAGAUCCCUCUGCACUCAGAUCCCUCCGCACUCAGAUCCCUCCGCACUCAGAUCCCUCCGCACUCAGAUCCCUCCGCACUCAGAUCCCUCUGCACUCAGAUCCCUCCGCACUCAGAUCCCUCCGCACUCAGAUCCCUCUGCACUCAGAUCCCUCCGCACUCAGAUCCCUCCGCACUCAGAUUCCUCCGCACUCAGAUCCCUCAGCACUCAGAUCCCUCCGCACUCAGAUCCCUCCGCACUCAGAUCCCUCCGCACUCAGAUCCCUCCGCACUCAGAUCCCUCCGCACUCAGAUCCCUCUGCACUCAGAUCCCUCUGCACUCAGAUCCCUCUGCACUCAGAUCCCUCCGCACUCAGAUCCCUCCGCACUCAGAUCCCUCUGCACUCAGAUCCCUCCGCACUCAGAUCCCUCCGCACUCAGAUCCCUCCGCACUCAGAUCCCUCUGCACUCAGAUCCCUCCGCACUCAGAUCCCUCUGCACUCAGAUCCCUCCGCACUCAGAUCCCUCCGCACUCAGAUCCCUCUGCACUCAGAUCCCUCCGCACUCAGAUCCCUCCGCACUCAGAUCCCUCUGCACUCAGAUCCCUCUGCACUCAGAUCCCUCCGCACUCAGAUCCCUCCGCACUCAGAUCCCUCCGCACUCAGAUCCCUCCGCACUCAGAUCCCUCCGCACUCAGAUUCCUCCGCACUCAGAUCCCUCCGCACUCAGAUCCCUCCGCACUCAGAUCCCUCCGCACUCAGAUCCCUCCGCACUCAGAUCCCUCCGCACUCAGAUCCCUCCGCACUCAGAUCCCUCUGCACUCAGAUCCCUCCGCACUCAGAUCCCUCUGCACUCAGAUCCCUCUGCACUCAGAUCCCUCCGCACUCAGAUCCCUCCGCACUCAGAUCCCUCCGCACUCAGAUCCCUCCGCACUCAGAUCCCUCCGCACUCAGAUCCCUCCGCACUCAGAUCCCUCCGCACUCAGAUCCCUCCGCACUCAGAUCCCUCCGCACUCAGAUCCCUCCGCACUCAGAUCCCUCCGCACUCAGAUCCCUCUGCACUCAGAUCCCUCCGCACUCAGAUCCCUCUGCACUCAGAUCCCUCCGCACUCAGAUCCCUCCGCACUCAGAUUCCUCCGCACUCAGAUCCCUCCGCACUCAGAUCCCUCUGCACUCAGAUCCCUCCGCACUCAGAUCCCUCGCACUCAGAUCCCCUCGCACUCAGAUCCCCUCCGCACUCAGAUCCCUCCGCACUCAGAUUCCUCCGCACUCAGAUUCCUCCGCACUCAGAUCCCUCCGCACUCAGAUCCCUCCGCACUCAGAUCCCUCCGCACUCAGAUCCCUCCGCACUCAGAUCCCUCCGCACUCAGAUCCCUCGCACUCAGAUCCCUCUGCACUCAGAUCCCUCUGCACUCAGAUCCCUCCGCACUCAGAUCCCUCCGCACUCAGAUCCCUCCGCACUCAGAUCCCUCCGCACUCAGAUCCCUCCGCACUCAGAUCCCUCCGCACUCAGAUCCCUCUGCACUCAGAUCCCUCCGCACUCAGAUCCCUCCGCACUCAGAUCCCUCCGCACUCAGAUCCCUCCGCACUCAGAUCCCUCUGCACUCAGAUCCCUCCGCACUCAGAUCCCUCCGCACUCAGAUCCCUCCGCACUCAGAUCCCUCUGCACUCAGAUCCCUCCGCACUCAGAUCCCUCCGCACUCAGAUCCCUCCGCACUCAGAUCCCUCCGCACUCAGAUCCCUCCGCACUCAGAUCCCUCCGCACUCAGAUCCCUCUGCACUCAGAUCCCUCCGCACUCAGAUCCCUCCGCACUCAGAUCCCUCCGCACUCAGAUCCCUCCGCACUCAGAUCCCUCCGCACUCAGAUCCCUCCGCACUCAGAUCCCUUGCACUCAGAUCCCUUCGCACUCAGAUCCCUCCGCACUCAGAUCCCUCCGCACUCAGAUCCCUCCGCACUCAGAUCCCUCUGCACUCAGAUCCCUCCGCACUCAGAUCCCUCCGCACUCAGAUCCCUCCGCACUCAGAUCCCUCUGCACUCAGAUCCCUCCGCACUCAGAUCCCUCCGCACUCAGAUCCCUCCGCACUCAGAUCCCUCCGCACUCAGAUCCCUCUGCACUCAGAUCCCUCCGCACUCAGAUCCCUCCGCACUCAGAUCCCUCUGCACUCAGAUCCCUCUGCACUCAGAUCCCUCCGCACUCAGAUCCCUCCGCACUCAGAUCCCUCCGCACUCAGAUCCCUCCGCACUCAGAUUCCUCCGCACUCAGAUUCCUCCGCACUCAGAUUCCUCCGCACUCAGAUCCCUCCGCACUCAGAUCCCUCCGCACUCAGAUCCCUCCGCACUCAGAUCCCUUGCACUCAGAUCCCUCUGCACUCAGAUCCCUCCGCACUCAGAUCCCUCUGCACUCAGAUCCCUCUGCACUCAGAUCCCUCCGCACUCAGAUCCCUCCGCACUCAGAUCCCUCCGCACUCAGAUCCCUCCGCACUCAGAUCCCUCCGCACUCAGAUCCCUCCGCACUCAGAUCCCUCCGCACUCAGAUUCCUCCGCACUCAGAUCCCUCCGCACUCAGAUCCCUCCGCACUCAGAUCCCUUUGCACUCAGAUCCCUCUGCACUCAGAUCCCUCCGCACUCAGAUCCCUCCGCACUCAGAUCCCUCCGCACUCAGAUCCCUCCGCACUCAGAUCCCUCCGCACUCAGAUUCCUCCGCACUCAGAUUCCUCCGCACUCAGAUCACUCCGCACUCAGAUCCCUCCGCACUCAGAUCCCUCCGCACUCAGAUCCCUUUGCACUCAGAUCCCUCUGCACUCAGAUCCCUCCGCACUCAGAUCCCUCUGCACUCAGAUCCCUCUGCACUCAGAUCCCUCCGCACUCAGAUCCCUCCGCACUCAGAUCCCUCCGCACUCAGAUCCCUCCGCACUCAGAUCCCUCCGCACUCAGAUCCCUCCGCACUCAGUUCCCUCCGCACUCAGAUUCCUCCGCACUCAGAUUCCUCCGCACUCAGAUCACUCCGCACUCAGAUCCCUCCGCACUCAGAUCCCUCCGCACUCAGAUCCCUUCGCACUCAGAUCCCUCUGCACUCAGAUCCCUCCGCACUCAGAUCCCUCUGCACUCAGAUCCCUCUGCACUCAGAUCCCUCCGCACUCAGAUCCCUCCGCACUCAGAUCCCUCCGCACUCAGAUCCCUCCGCACUCAGAUCCCUCCGCACUCAGAUCCCUCUGCACUCAGAUCCCUCCGCACUCAGAUCCCUCCGCACUCAGAUCCCUCCGCACUCAGAUCCCUCCGCACUCAGAUCCCUCCGCACUCAGAUCCCUCUGCACUCAGAUCCCUCUGCACUCAGAUUCCUCCGCACUCAGAUUCCUCCGCACUCAGAUCCCUCCGCACUCAGAUCCCUCCGCACUCAGAUCCCUCCGCACUCAGAUCCCUCCGCACUCAGAUCCCUCCGCACUCAGAUCCCUCCGCACUCAGAUCCCUCCGCACUCAGAUCCCUCGGCACUCAGAUCCCUUCGCACUCAGAUCCCUCUGCACUCAGAUCCCUCCGCACUCAGAUCCCUCCGCACCCAGAUCCCUCUGCACUCAGAUCCCUCUGCACUCAGAUCCCUCCGCACUCAGAUCCCUCCGCACUCAGAUCCCUCCACACUCAGAUCCCUCCGCACUCAGAUCCCUCCGCACUCAGAUUCCUCCGCACUCAGAUUCCUCCGCACUCAGAUCCCUCCGCACUCAGAUCCCUCCGCACUCAGAUCCCUCCGCACUCAGAUCCCUCCGCACUCAGAUCCCUCUGCACUCAGAUCCCUCCGCACUCAGAUCCCUCUGCACUCAGAUCCCUCUGCACUCAGAUCCCUCCGCACUCAGAUCCCUCCGCACUCAGAUCCCUCCGCACUCAGAUCCCUCCGCACUCAGAUCCCUCCGCACUCAGAUCCCUCUGCACUCAGAUCCCUCCGCACUCAGAUCCCUCCGCACUCAGAUCCCUCUGCACUCAGAUCCCUCUGCACUCAGAUCCCUCCGCACUCAGAUCCCUCCGCACUCAGAUCCCUCCGCACUCAGAUCCCUCCGCACUCAGAUCCCUCCGCACUCAGAUCCCUCCGCACUCAGAUCCCUCCGCACUCAGAUUCCUCCGCACUCAGAUCCCUCCGCACUCAGAUCCCUCCGCACUCAGAUCCCUCCGCACUCAGAUCCCUCCGCACUCAGAUCCCUUCGCACUCAGAUCCCUCUGCACUCAGAUCCCUCCGCACUCAGAUCCUUCUGCACUCAGAUCCCUCUGCACUCAGAUCCCUCCGUACUCAGAUCCCUCCGCACUCAGAUCCCUCCGCACUCAGAUCCCUCCGCACUCAGAUCCCUCCGCACUCAGAUCCCUCUGCACUCAGAUCCCUCCGCACUCAGAUCCCUCCGCACUCAGAUCCCUCUGCACUCAGAUCCCUCUGCACUCAGAUCCCUCUGCACUCAGAUCCCUCCGCACUCAGAUCCCUCCGCACUCAGAUCCCUCCGCACUCAGAUCCCUCCGCACUCAGAUCCCUCCGCACUCAGAUCCCUCCGCACUCAGUUCCCUCCGCACUCAGAUUCCUCCGCACUCAGAUUCCUCUGCACUCAGAUCCCUCCGCACUCAGAUCCCUCCGCACUCAGAUCCCUCCGCACUCAGAUCCCUUUGCACUCAGAUCCCUCUGCACUCAGAUCCCUCCGCACUCAGAUCCCUCUGCAUUCAGAUCCCUCUGCACUCAGAUCCCUCCGCACUCAGAUCCCUCCGCACUCAGAUCCCUCCGCACUCAGAUCCCUCCGCACUCAGAUCCCUCCGCACUCAGAUCCCUCCGCACUCAGUUCCCUCCGCACUCAGAUUCCUCCGCACUCAGAUUCCUCCGCACUCAGAUCCCUCCGCACUCAGAUCCCUCCGCACUCAGAUCCCUCCGCACUCAGAUCCCUUCGCACUCAGAUCCCUCUGCACUCAGAUCCCUCCGCACUCAGAUCCCUCUGCACUCAGAUCCCUCUGCACUCAGAUCCCUCCGCACUCAGAUCCCUCCGCACUCAGAUCCCUCCGCACUCAGAUCCCUCCGCACUCAGAUCCCUCCGCACUCAGAUCCCUCUGCUCUCAGAUCCCUCCGCACUCAGAUCCCUCCGCACUCAGAUCCCUCCGCACUCAGAUCCCUCCGCACUCAGAUCCCUCCGCACUCAGAUCGCUCCGCACUCAGAUCCCUUCGCACUCAGAUCCCUCUGCACUCAGAUCCCUCCGCACUCAGAUCCCUCCGCACUCAGAUCCCUCUGCACUCAGAUCCCUCUGCACUCAGAUCCCUCCGCACUCAGAUCCCUCCGCACUCAGAUCCCUCCGCACUCAGAUCCCUCCGCACUCAGUUCCCUCCGCACUCAGAUUCCUCCGCACUCAGAUCCUCCGCACUCAGAUCACUCCGCACUCAGAUCCCUCCGCACUCAGAUCCCUCCGCACUCAGAUCCCUUCGCACUCAGAUCCCUCUGCACUCAGAUCCCUCCGCACUCAGAUCCCUCUGCACUCAGAUCCCUCUGCACUCAGAUCCCUCCGCACUCAGAUCCCUCCGCACUCAGAUCCCUCCGCACUCAGAUCCCUCCGCACUCAGAUCCCUCCGCACUCAGAUCCCUCUGCACUCAGAUCCCUCCGCACUCAGAUCCCUCCGCACUCAGAUCCCUCUGCACUCAGAUCCCUCUGCACUCAGAUCCCUCUGCUCUCAGAUCCCUCCGCACUCAGAUCCCUCUGCACUCAGAUCCCUCCGCACUCAGAUCCCUCCGCACUCAGAUCCCUCCGCACUCAGAUCCCUCCUCACUCAGAUCCCUCCGCACUCAGAUCGCUCGGCACUCAGAUCCCUUCGCACUCAGAUCCCUCUGCACUCACAUCCCUCCGCACUCAGCUCCCUCCGCACCCAGAUCCCUCUGCACUCAGAUCCCUCUGCACUCAGAUCCCUCCGCACUCAGAUCCCUCAGCACUCAGAUCCCUCCACACUCAGAUCCCUCCGCACUCAGUUCCCUCCGCACUCAGAUCCCUCCGCACUCAGAUUCCUCCGCACUCAGAUUCCUCCGCACUCAGAUCACUCCGCACUCAGAUCCCUCCGCACUCAUAUCCCUCCGCCACUCAGAUCCCUUCGCACUCAGAUCCCUCUGCACUCAGAUCCCUCCGCACUCAGAUCCCUCUGCACUCAGAUCCCUCUGCACUCAGAUCCCUCCGUACUCAGAUCCCUCCGCACUCAGAUCCCUCCGCACUCAGAUCCCUCCGCACUCAGAUCCCCUCCCGCACUCAGAUCCCUCUGCACUCAGAUCCCUCCGCACUCAGAUCCAUCCGCACCCAGAUCCCUCUGCACUCAGAUCCCUCUGCACUCAGAUCCCUCCGCACCUCAGAUCCCUCCGCACUCAGAUCCCUCCGCACUCAGAUCCCUCCGCACUCAGAUCCCUCCGCACUCAGAUCCCUCCGCACUCAGUUCCCUCCGCACUCAGAUUCCUCCGCACUCAGAUUCCUUUGCACUCAGAUCACUCCGCACUCAGAUCCCUCCGCACUCAUAUCCCUCCGCACUCAGAUCCCUUGCACUCAGAUCCCUCCGCACUCAGAUCCUUCUGCACUCAGAUCCCUGUGCACUCAGAUCCCUCCGUACUCAGAUCCCUCCGCACUCAGAUCCCUCCGCACUCAGAUCCCUCCGCACUCAGAUCCCUCCGCACUCAGAUCCCUCUGCACUCAGAUCCCUCCGCACUCAGAUCCCUCCGCACCCAGAUCCCUCUGCACUCAGAUCCCUCUGCACUCAGAUCCCACUGCACUCAGAUCCCUCCGCACUCAGAUCCCUCCGCACUCAGAUCACUCCGCACUCAGAUCCCUCCGCACUCAGAUCCCUCCGCACUCAGAUCCCUCCGCACUCAGUUCCCUCCGCACUCAGAUUCCUCCGCACUCAGAUUCCUCCGCACUCAGAUCACUCCGCACUCAGAUCCCUCCGCACUCAUAUCCCUCCGCACUCAGAUCCCUUUGCACUCAGAUCCCUCUGCACUCAGAUCCCUCCGCACUCAGAUCCCUCUGCAUUCAGAUCCCUCUGCACUCAGAUCCCUCCGUACUCAGAUCCCUCCGCACUCAGAUCCCUCCGCACUCAGAUCCCUCCGCACUCAGAUCCCUCCGCACUCAGAUCCCUCCGCACUCAAUCCCUCUGCACUCAGAUCCCUCCGUACUCAGAUCCCUCCGCACUCAGAUCCCUCCGCACUCAGAUCCCCCCGCACUCAGAUCCCUCCGCACUCAGAUCCCUCUGCUCUCAGAUCCCUCCGCACUCAGAUCCCUCCGCACUCAGAUCCCUCCGCACUCAGAUCCCUCCGCACUCAGAUCCCUCCGCACUCAGAUCCCUCUGCACUUAGAUCCCUCUGCACUCAGAUUCCUCCGCACUCGGAUUCCUCCGCACUCGGAUUCCUCAGCACUCGGAUCCCUCCGCACUCAGAUAACUCCGCACUAACAUCCCUCCGCACUCAGAUCCCUCCGCACUCAGAUCCCUCCGCACUCAGAUCCCUCCGCACUCAGAUCGCUCGGCACUCAGAUCCCUUCGCACUCAGAUCCCUCUGCACUCAGAUCCCUCCGCACUCAGAUCCCUCCGCACCCAGAUCCCUGUGCACUCAGAUCCCUCUGCACUCAGAUCCCUCCGCACUCAGAUCCCUCCGCACUCAGAUCCCUCCACACUCAGAUCCCUCCGCACUCAGUUCCCUCCGCACUCAGAUUCCUCCGCACUCAGAUUCCUCCGCACUCAGAUCACUCCGCACUCAGAUCCCUCCGCACUCAUAUCCCUCCGCACUCAGAUCCCUUCGCACUCAUAUCCCUCUGCACUCAGAUCCCUCCGCACUCAGAUCCCUCUGCACUCAGAUCCCUCUGCACUCAGAUCCCUCCGUACUCAGAUCCCUCCGCACUCAGAUCCCUCCGCACUCAGAUCCCUCCGCACUCAGAUCCCUCCGCACUCAGAUCCCUCUGCACUCAGAUCCCUCCGCACUCAGAUCCCUCCGCACCCAGAUCCCUCUGCACUCAGAUCCCUCUGCACUCAGAUCCCUCCGCACUCAGAUCCCUCCGCACUCAGAUCCCUCCGCACUCAGAUCCCUCCGCACUCAGAUCCCUCCGCACUCAGAUCCCUCCGCACUCAAUCCUUCUGCACUCAGAUCCCUCUGCACUCAGAUCCCUCCGUACUCAUCCCUCCGCACUCAGAUCCCUCCGCACUCAGAUCCCUCCGCACUCAGAUCCCUCCGCACUCAGAUCCCUCUGCACUCAGAUCCCUCCGCACUCAGAUCCCUCCGCACCCAGAUCCCUCUGCACUCAGAUCCCUCUGCACUCAGAUCCCUCCGCACUCAGAUCCCUCCGCACUCAGAUCCCUCCGCACUCAGAUCCCUCCGCACUCAGUUCCCUCCGCACUCAGAUUCCUCCGCACUCAGAUUCCUCCGCACUCAGAUCACUCCGCACUCAGAUCCCUCCGCACUCAUAUCCCUCCGCACUCAGAUCCCUUCGCACUCAGAUCCCUCUGCACUCAGAUCCCUCCGCACUCAGAUCCCUCAGCACUCAGAUCCCUCUGCACUCAGAUCCCUCCGUACUCAGAUCCCUCCGCACUCAGAUCCCUCCGCACUCAGAUCCCCCCGCACUCAGAUCCCUCCGCACUCAGAUCCCUCUGCACUCAGAUCCCUCCGCACUCAGAUCCCUCCGCACUCAGAUCACUCCGCACUCAGAUCACUCCGCACUCAGAUCCCUCCGCACUCAUAUCCCUCCGCACUCAGAUCCCUUUGCACUCAGAUCCCUUUGCACUCAGAUCCCUCCGCACUCAGAUCCUUCUGCACUCAGAUCCCUCUGCACUCAGAUCCCUCCGUACUCAGAUCCCUCCGCACUCAGAUCCCUCCGCACUCAGAUCCCUCCGCACUCAGAUCCCUCCGCACUCAGAUCCCUCUGCACUCAGAUCCCUCCGCACUCAGAUCCCUCCGCACCCAGAUCCCUCUGCACUCAGAUCCCUCUGCACUCAGAUCCCUCCGCACUCAGAUCCCUCCGCACUCAGAUCCCUCCGCACUCAGAUCCCUCCGCACUCAGUUCCCUCCGCACUCAGAUUCCUCCGCACUCAGAUUCCUCCGCACUCAGAUCACUCCGCACUCAGAUCCCUCCGCACUCAUAUCCCUCCGCACUCAGAUCCCUUCGCACUCAGAUCCCUCUGCACUCAGAUCCCUCCGCACUCAGAUCCCUCUGCACUCAGAUCCCUCUGCACUCAGAUCCCUCCGUACUCAGAUCCCUCCGCACUCAGAUCCCUCCGCACUCAGAUCCCCCCGCACUCAGAUCCCUCCGCACUCAGAUCCCUCUGCACUCAGAUCCCUCCGCACUCAGAUCCCUCCGCACUCAGAUCCCUCCGCACUCAGAUCCCUCCGCACUCAGAUCCCUCCGCACUCAGAUCCCUCUGCACUUAGAUCCCUCUGCACUCAGAUUCCUCCGCACUCGGAUUCCUCCGCACUCGGAUUCCUCAGCACUCGGAUCCCUCCGCACUCAGAUAACUACGCACUCACAUCCCUCCGCACUCAGAUCCCUCCGCACUCAGAUCCCUUCGCACUCAGAUCCCUCCGCACUCAGAUCGCUCGGCACUCAGAUCCCUUCGCACUCAGAUCCCUCUGCACUCAGAUCCCUCCGCACUCAGAUCCCUCUGCACUCAGAUCCCUCUGCACUCAGAUCCCUCCGUACUCAGAUCCUUCUGCACUCAGAUCCCUCUGUACUCAGAUUCCUCCGCACUCAGAUCCCUCCGCACUCAGAUCCCUCCGCACUCAGAUCCCUCCGCACUCAGAUCCCUCCGCACUCAGAUCCCUCCGCACUCAGUUCCCUCCGCACUCAGAUUCCUCCGCACUCAGAUUCCUCCGCACUCAGAUCACUCCGCACUCAGAUCCCUCCGCACUCAUAUCCCUCCGCACUCAGAUCCCUUCGCACUCAGAUGCCUCUGCACUCAGAUCCCUCCGCACUCAGAUCCUUCUGCACUCAGAUCCCUCUGCACUCAGAUCCCUCCGUACUCAGAUCCCUCCGCACUCAGAUCCCUCCGCACUCAGAUCCCCCCGCACUCAGAUCCCUCCGCAGUCAGAUCCCUCUGCACUCAGAUCCCUCCGCACUCAGAUCCCUCCGCACUCAGAUCCCUCCGCACUCAGAUCCCUCCGCACUCAGAUCCCUCCGCACUCAGAUCCCUCUGCACUUAGAUCCCUCUGCACUCAGAUUCCUCCGCACUCGGAUUCCUCCGCACUCGGAUUCCUCAGCACUCGGAUCCCUCCGCACUCAGAUAACUACGCACUCACAUCCCUCCGCACUUAG